UUGAAAAUGUUUGACAGAGUACCAACUUGGGUGUUUAGAAGUACAUAAUAACAGAAUUAACUUGUCGACGAUUGUUUACUGUCAUCAUUUACUAUCAAAGUCAAUCAGCUGAUUAAUUGUACUUAUAUUAGGAAGAGUACCAACAUUAAAAAAAAAAUAUAUCAACUUUCUAAGAUAAUUCACCACCACCAUUUAUAAACCAGCUGAUGAACGAUGUACUGUAUAUUGGUACUGUACUAACUAUUGGGAUUGGGAUGGAUAAUUCAUCACAAAACAGUUGCUUGCUAGCUCUUACAAUCACCACUAAAAUUUUUAAGACGCAGUAUACAUAUGAUACGUGUGUGUCAUUGAUGUGUGUGUAGAGUUUUGAGCUUGGAGCUUCAAGGCCUAUUAAUUAUUUUCUUUAUCUGUUUUCCCACUGACUAAUUCUGUUCCAAUAACUCCAAUUAUAAACACCGUGUAAAUUUUAGCAACUCACCGCAAUCAACUUGCGAUGAUUGAAUAGUAAAAUGGUGAUUUAGGAUUUUAGUUAGCUACGAGAUAUUUUUUUUCAAGGUUUAUUUUUUUCUGUUGUCAUCAAAACUCGAAAAAUGUCGGACAUAAAAAGUAUGGAGCACCCUACUUUGAAGGUGCCGUACGAGCUGCUGAACAAAAAGUUCCGAUCUACGCAAAAAGUGCUGGAUCGUGAGGUAUCACAUGUGCAGAUAGCUGCUAAUGAAUUGGAGAAAGGAAUUAAUAAUAAUAAUGGGCAUGCAACAACGGGAGAAAUAAGUCGUUUAUUAGGUGGUGUUGUUGCGAAACUACAAGUAUUGAAGAGAAAGGCUGAAGAAUCUAUUUCUGAAGAGCUCCAAGCUGGUAUGGUUUGCAAGAGACGUUUGGAUCAUUUGAAGGAGCAUGGCAGCUCUUCCCCGAGUGUUGUCAAUCAGUGGCGGAGACAAAGGCUUGAUAGAAUGCUCGUUGAAUAUUUUUUAAGAAAAGGAUAUUAUAAAACUGCUAUGAAGCUUGCUGAUACUACUGAGCUUCGAGAGUUGACAAAUAUUGAUGUAUUUAUGGUGUCCCGAGAAGUGGAGAUAUCUCUGGCAAAUCAUGAAACAGCCAGAUGCUUAGGAUGGUGCCAUGAUAACAGAUCAAAGUUGAGAAAAUUGGGUAGCACAAUGGAGUUCAAUUUACGAGUUCAAGAAUUUAUUGAAUUAGUAAGAGCCGACCGCAGAUUAGAUGCUGUCAAGCACGCUCGUAAGUGCUUUGCCAACUACGACGAGUAUCAGCUCCAAGAGAUCCAGAGUUGUAUGGGCCAGCUGGCCUUCCCUGCGAACCCUUAUCUCAGUCCCUACAAAGAUUUACUAGACGAAAAACGAUGGGACCGGCUGAUCGAACAAUUUCGACACGAAAAUUACAGAUUGUUCCAGCUGGCGAGUCAAAGUGUCUUUACAGUCGCUCUCCAAGCUGGCUUGUCCGCGUUGAAGACUCUUCAGUGCUAUGGUGCUAACAAGGAAUGUAAAAAUCCUAGCUGUCCUGUUUGCAACGAAAAUCUCAAUGAACUAGCUUCACCUUUACCUUUUGCUCAUUGCUCCCAGUCUAGACUUGUAUGCAGUAUUAGCGGCGAGCCACUUAAUGAAUAUAAUCAACCCAUGAUGAUGCCCAAUGGAUAUGUUUAUGGUGAAAAGGCGCUUGAAAAAAUGGCACAAGAAAAUAACGGAGCAGUAACUUGCCCAAAAACCAAAGAAGUAUUUCCAUUUAAAAAAAUCGAAAAAAUUUAUGUUAUGUAAUAUAAAGUUCCUAAAUUAAAAUACACAUCGCUGUAUUAUGUAACAACUUCUUUGAACAUUAAUAUUAUUAUUAUAAUUAUAAUUAAUAAUUAAUAAUUAAUAGUUAAAAACUAUUAUUAAUAUUACUUGAAUCUUAACUAAUAUGUAAGAUGUAAAAUAAUACAAUAUAUUUUUUAAUCAAGUUUA